CAAAACAGUUCCACUCUUUGUCUGUGAGAAAAAGAACAUUAUUAUUGAAUUUAUUUUGCUCUGCAGACACAAAUAUGCAAAGUGCAAUGGCAGCACAGAGAUCUGGGACAAUGACCACUCUUUAUUUUUUGCUUCCCAAGGUGAAAGAAAACAUAUAUCAUCUCAUUUUCAAAGAGAGAAUACAUUUUUAAAGAGGAAACCAUGGCUUCAAACAGCAUUUUUGACUCAUUUCCUUCUUACCAGCAGUGCUUCAUGCGAGAUACCAGCACCAGCCGCCGCUUCACGCCGCCCUCUACCACGCUGAGUCCGGGCAAGAUGAGCGACACGCUGCCGCUGGUGGGCCAAGAAAACAGCACCGGUGCCCUGGUGGGAAAGCUGAGGAGCGCCGACCGCAGCAUGGUGGAGGUCUUAGCCGAUCACCCGGGAGAGCUGGUCCGCACCGACAGCCCCAACUUCCUCUGCUCAGUCCUGCCGACCCACUGGAGGUGCAACAAGACCUUGCCGAUCGCCUUCAAGGUGGUGGCUUUGGGAGAUGUCCCUGAUGGGACGUUAGUCACAGUAAUGGCUGGAAAUGAUGAAAACUACUCUGCAGAACUUAGAAAUGCUACUGCUGCCAUGAAGAAUCAAGUAGCAAGAUUCAAUGAUCUGCGAUUUGUCGGUAGAAGUGGAAGAGGGAAGAGCUUCACUUUGACUAUCACAGUCUUCACCAAUCCUCCACAAGUAGCCACAUACCACAGAGCCAUCAAGAUAACAGUGGAUGGACCCCGAGAGCCAAGAAGACACCGUCAGAAACUAGAUGAACAGACAAAGCCUGGGAGUUUGUCCUUUUCAGAACGUCUGAGUGAACUGGAGCAGUUGCGUCGCACGGCCAUAAGGGUCAGCCCACACCACCCAGCCCCCACACCUAACCCAAGAACGUCCUUGAACCACACCACUGGUUUUAACCCUCAGCCUCAGAGCCAGAUUCAGGAUACAAGGCAACUUCAGCCAUCUCCUCCAUGGCCUUAUGAUCCAUCUUAUCCAUAUCUGGGAUCAAUUGCAACUCCGUCAGUUCAUCCAGCAACACCAAUUUCACCUGGAAGGGCUAGUGGAAUGUCCUCUCUCUCUGCAGAAAUUUCAAGCCGACUGACAAGUGCUUCUGACUUAACGGCAUUCAGUGAUCCAAGAGUGGGAAUUGAUCGUCCUUUCCCUUCAAUUCCUUCCAUUUCUGAUCCACGCAUGCACUAUCCUGGAGCGUUCACUUACACUCCAACACCUGUCAGCUCAGGAAUAGGAAUUGGUAUGUCUGCCAUGACUACUGCCACAAGAUAUCACACUUAUCUACCCCCUCCAUACCCAGGUUCUUCUCAGGCUCAAGGUGGCCCAUUUCAGACCAGCUCCCCUUCUUACCAUCUAUACUAUGGAACAUCAGCCGGAUCAUACCAGUUUUCCAUGAUGUCUGGAGGAGAUCGGUCACCCCCUCGUAUCCUUCCUCCUUGCACUAAUGCUUCUACAGGAUCUACUCUCCUCAAUCCAAACCUUCCAAACCAAAAUGAUGUUGUGGACACAGAAGGCAGUCAUAGCAACUCCCCUACCAACAUGGGGACCACAGCAAGACUAGAAGAAGCAGUAUGGCGACCGUAUUGAGUUUUAUACUGCGGAUGUUUUAUCUGCUGAUAUCCAUGGUUUUCUCAUGAGUGGUUGAGGGCCCUGACAUGUUCAUAUAUUACACAGACAAAUCAUCAGUCCAGAUGGCAGUGUUUUCAGGAAUGGUAUCAUGCUGUCAUCCAGUUGAUUUUGCUCUCUAAGGUGAUAACAUUCCCAAAAGUUACACUUGCCGAAAGGCUGAACUUCUGAAGAUGAAAAUAAUUUAAGACGGUAGUACUACUCACUCACAUUGUCUAUAGAUGUGGUGAAAGAACAGAAACAUGAAGGCUUCAGUUUCAAAACUAGUUUUGGAGGUCCUCAAAGUUUUAAAAAUUGUUUUUGUUUUUUUUAAAGAUCUGGUUUGGAGACUUAAAAGUCUUACACAAUCAUGAUCAGUUUAAUGAGUCAUUUAUCUUAUUAGUAUAAAAGAAGUAUAGGAAGAUUCUCAGAGAGAAACUGUGAAUACUUCUGAUUUAGCAAUGCUGUGAAUAAGAGGGUUUUUUUUAUCCUGGAAUUAUUUUUUUUAACCAAGUUGUAUAUUCCAAAGAGAAUGGGAAUUCUUUUUCAAUUUUUAUUACUUUUGGGAUGCAAUUCAUUCAUCUUUACAUAUCAUUUUUAUUUCUUCUUUUGCACCUUAAACUUGCAGAAAGAUCUAAUCUUUUUUGUUAUAUGUGCUUGCUUCUCUCACAGUAUAUCAGCUGAAUGCAUCCAAAGCAAAGCAAAACAAAACAAAACCCUUCCAGGAAGGUAGUUUAAUUUCUCCUUUAAUAUAAAAAAGUGACAACUUAGAGUUCUUUUCAACUACUGAAAACAUAUAUGAUGAGUUGCUCAAUAUUUAUGCUCGGUUUGAGUUUUUGUGUGUGAUUUUUUUAUUUAAAUAUACUUUAAAGAUAAGCACAUGCAUUUUGUAGCAACCAAAGUUUAAAAUUACCACAUAUAAAAUGGCUGGAGUAAUUAUGGGUAAUAUUACUUUUAAUUAUUUAGGAGUAUUGUUUACAUUUCUCUUAUCUCACUUUCAUCCAUCAUUUAAUAUCCAGUGAAGACUUUUUUUUGUCCCAUUGAGAAGUAAAAAUAUGUUAAUGGUUGCAUGUUGGAAGUUGUGUCAAUGUGUCUCCAUUCUUCAAAAAACAAAAAGAUGAAGGAGAAGAAUUUUGCAUCACAAUUUAUGCCACAAUUUUAUCCCAACAGUUAUAACAGAAGUUAUGGAACAGGUGUCAGGCAUUGGAGGCCGGGGCUGGUCUCUGAGAAACACUGGGAUUAUCCAGGAGACCUAAAUGAUUAUACUGCACCUAGUUACACUGAGCUCUGUUUUAUUGCAUCUAGAUCUAAAAAGCAGCAGAAGUGAAAAAUAAAUUCAAAUAUAGCAGGAUAACCUGAUACUAUGUAGGCAGCAGUUUGUGGACCUGUAUCUUAAGGGGAAAAUAUGACACAUUCUGAACAUUUUACUUCAAUCUACCGGGCAAUGCAGAAACCUGUUUAAGGCUGUGGUAUUAACAGUCAAUCAUUUAAAUGCAAGUUCCACGUAAAUCAAUAGAGCUAAGAGCUACACUAGACAUGAUGUAUGGUCACAAAUAUAGUUGCUGCAGAUUUUAAAGUGACAAUGACAGCGACAACAAACACCACCAAAAGCAAAAGGAGGCUGUAAGUCUGAGCAGAGGAAUAUGACAGUUCAUUAUUUCUCAGUUAGCCAAACAUAGACAAAUGGUUGUGAUGUCAUCUCAGAAAAUUCGGCAUAUGUGUGCCAUUUGUUAGGAACUCUUGGCGUAAUUAGCUGUUUCCCCUGUAAACAUUUACCCCCUCACUUAUCUCCAAUUGGCUUUCCAAUCAUAGAAUACUUGAGCUGGAAGGGACCUAUAAGGCCAUCGAGUCCAACCCCCAGCUCAAUGCAGAAAUCCAAGUCAAAGCAGAUCUGAUGGAUGGUUGUCCAAUUUUCUCUUGAACGCUUCCUGCACUGGAGAUGAGGAAGAACAGUAGUGGUUGUCCCAGGUGUUAUAACAAUAAUAUAAUAAUAAUAGUAUUAAUGAUCUUACAACUGUAGAGCUGGAAGGGACCCUAUGGAUCACUGAGUC